CUCUCUCUCUCUCUCUCUCUCUCUGUCUCUCUCUCUCCCAUUAGUAUCUGUCUGUACGCAGGUGUGUGAGCGGCAGGGGGGUGUGCCGAGCGCCAAACCCAAACUUUCUUACGCACCGCGCUGCCGCCUCACUCUCACCUUUCCCCUCGGCGGAUAUUUACACCUGAGCAUCAGCGGCUGCAGCAUUUUCUCCAGUGAUUACAGUGGAUUAACAUAUCCCUCGGGAGCCAUGCUCUCACAUUCUCGGUUCAUCUUGGGUCGCACCGCCGAGUCCUUGCAGGGAACCGAUCCGACUUGGAUGGCCUCCAUUCCCGUUUCCGCAUUCCCGCAGCCGCCGUGCGCACUGCAGGCGCGGAGCUAAGAUCAGUGAUCUCAACAGAAAAAACCGGUUCCUCCGGCUAAUCUACCCAACUAUUGCUGGUGGUGCAGAAUGUUUCUAGCCAGAGGAAGAGAGGGGAACCGGAGGACUGAGCGGCUGGUGACUGUCGGCUGGAAAAGGCCGUUUUCAGCGGACUGAUAAAGCCUGAAGCGCGUCUCGUUGAUCGGUGUCAUAAUAAAGCCUGGAAUAAACCCACCGGGCUCCUUCAUGUCCCGGGAUGGAGAGUUGCUGCCGUUCAUGUAUGCCGUGUUUAAGCCGGCUGUGGAACUGGAUAUGGCCCGACUUCCGCUACCCAAACGUCCCCAACCACAACCAUGUAAUCGCCAACCCGGCGGCGCAUGCGGCGGAGAUCCGCACCGUGUCCGGCGAAAUCCGCGUCCCGUCGCCCAAGAAGCGGCCGGUGCAGCUGUACGCGGCGCUCUUCGACUUCGUGGCCCGCAGCGACGACGAGCUGACGGUGAAGGAGGGGGACAAGCUGUCGGUGAUCGAGAAGCGGGGGGAGUACGUGCUGGCCAAGAAGCUGACCGGGUCUUUGGAGUCCGGACUGAUCCCGGCGAACUACGUGGCUCUGCUGCAGGACGAGUUCGCCAAACACAAGUGGUACUAUGGCAACAUAAACCGAGUGAAAGCUGAAAAGCUGCUUCUGGCUUCCCAAAACAAAGAUGGCUCCUUCCUGGUUCGCAUCAGUGAGAGUCACAGCGAUGAGUACACAAUCUCCGCCCGCAGUGAGGGGAAAGUGUACCACUUCAGGAUCCAGCGCUCCACCAUCGGUGCGUACUUCGUCUCAGAUAAGAUCUCCUUCGCCACGCUGGGAGAGCUCAUCUCCUACUACCAGAAAACCCCCCGCAGCCUGGGGGUGCUGCUGGAGGAGCCCUGCGCCCAGCAGCGGGAACUGUUCGACAUGGAGCCGUGGGAGAGACCUCGAGAGGAGUUCAAGCUCCACAAGAAGCUGGGAGAGGGACACUUCGGAGAGGUGUGGGAGGCUCUGUGGACCACAGAGAACAAGAGGGUAGCCAUAAAGAUGCUGAAACAAGAGGACACAAAGCAGGACGAGUUUGUGAAGGAGGUUCAGGCGCUGAAGAGCCUCCAUCACCCGAAACUGAUCCAGCUGUUGGCCAUGUGCUCCAGAGGAGAGCCGGUCUACAUCGUGACUGAACUCAUGAGCAAAGGAAGCCUCAAGUCCUACCUCGCCUCUGCUGAAGGCCAGGUGCUGACAUCAGCUCACCUGAUCUACAUGGGCAGUCAGAUUGCGGAGGGCAUGGCCUACCUGGAGGACAGGAACAUCGUCCACAGAGACCUGGCUGCCAGGAACAUCCUGGUGGGAGACGAUCUGGUCUGCAAGGUGGCCGACUUUGGACUGGCUCGUAUUAUUAAGGACAGUGUUUAUACAGCUAGUCGAAACACAAAGAUCCCAGUGCGGUGGACGGCACCUGAGGCGGCGAUCUACCAGAGGUUCUCUGUGAAAUCAGAUGUUUGGUCGUUUGGCGUGCUGCUGUAUGAGAUGAUGUCACGUGGCAAAAUGCCUUAUGAAGGAAAAAGCAACAAGGAGGUGUUGGAUCUGCUGUCAUCAGGGUUUCGGCUGCCCUGUCCAACCCGCUGUCCUCAGAACAUUUACCGUAUCAUGAUGGACUGCUGGGCGGCUGAGCCCUCCAAGAGACCGUCCUUCCACGCCCUGCACAGCCAGUUGGAUUCAAUCUAUGCCAGGAUAUAUUUCAAGACCAUAGAGGUAUAGAAAGAGGGAGACACUUAGAGGUUAUGAAUGGUGCAAGAUCAGAUCCUCUGCAACUGGUCUUUGACGGACGGAUGGGACUACAAAAAUGAAGGAGGACGGAAAGGGGAAAGAGAAAUAUCCAGGAAUAUUCUCCUCCCCUGUGCAAUACACUUCCACAAGAGGGUACAUGUACUUUAAAAACACCAAGGUGUGAAAGGACAGAGGGACAAAGAGCAUCUGAAAUGGAAAUACACAAGAUCGAGAGGUGAUGGAGAAGAUGAUCGCCAAAUCAAAUAAGAAAGAGAACUGAGCAGGAAAAUGAGGAGUACUCAGUUCUUUUUAGGCUAAAAGACGAGAAUGACUGAAAACAGCCUGAGAAAGGUGUGUAAAUACACUCCUUAACACUAAAACCCUCAGCACAUUCACAGCACCAACUGUUUUUAAUUUUAUACCCCUCUGUGUUUUAUAAAUAAUAUUUUGUUACUUAUGUAUGUGCCAUGUCUAUGUAUGCACACUUUGUAAUGUUCUGAAAUCACAGGUCAGGGCUUAUCUAAUCACCUGUCUUGAUUUUGCAAAGCCAGAGCUAAAAUUGAGGUUAUGUGCAAUAAUGAAAUGUUUUCAGCCAUGCUAGGGGCCUGAUGCUGGGGAUGCUGAUGUCAGUCGGUCUGUAGGUCAAACAUUUAGAGAAAGAUCUUGUGAUUGAUUGGAUGGAUUGCCAUGAUGUUUGGUACAGAGCUUCAUGAUCCCCAAAGGGUGAAUCUAACAACUUUUGGGAUCCUGUUACUUUUGCAUCUAGCACCAACAUCAGAGUUUCCUCUUGCCCAUUUUAGUUUUUGAGGUGCAGUGUCUUAUUAUGACCUUCAGCUUUAACUGGACUGAGGUCAAAGGAAAGGUACAACUUCACAGCCGGUAUGGACAGGAGGAAUGAAUGCAGCCACCAAUAACUUCCUUUAAAAGAAUAUUUUCAGUUAUAUGCUUUUUCAAGCUCUUGCUGAAAGUUAGAUGAGAAGUUUGAUACUAGGGCUGCACAAUUAAUCAAAAUAUAAUCAAUAUCGCAAUAUGGACGGAUGCAAUAACCAAAUCACAGGAGCUUGAAUUUCUUUAAUUAAGGUAAAAUGUGUCAAGUUGUUGUGCACUGUUAGCACCAUAAGCGUUGUGACGCUACAGAGAGUUUACAAAGCUCCCCAGCUUACAAAACGUGUUCUCCAGACGUUUGUUUGGUACAAGAACCAACAAAAAACACAUCAUGUAAAAAUAGCCAUUCCAACUGAAAUCCUAAUCACAAUAUCUGCAAAGAUAAUUGCAAUAUGAUUUGAAUAUCGUGCAGCCCUACUUGAUACCACCCUUAUGUCUCUACGUUAACUAGGGAACCAGAGCCAGGAUCCUAUUAGCCUAGCAAAGAGGAAGGAGCUAGCCUGGUUCUGUCACCUGUAAAGCCAAUUAAUUGUUUUAUCGAAUUUGCUUAACAUAUAAUCAAACAGAAAUAUAAAUACAACAAUUUCACAGGUAAUUAAGUACUUUGACUAUUUCUUGGUGACCGGCAGCUGUGCGCUUCUGACUGGAGUCUCUCUUUAUUUCACGUACAGACAUGAGAGUGAUAUCAAUAACUCCUGGUAAGAGAGUGGACAAGAAUGUUUCCCGAAAUGAAAACAAACUGUUGCUUUAAUGCCAACAAGCACGCUAACUAGCACACAUGCUAAUGUUAGCAGCUUAGCAAUGUACAACACGGAAAAAGUAAAAAUACAUAGCCCGUCUUGCAUGUUAACACUGAGCAAAUACAGUAACUAAUGUGGAGAAUCUUAACCCUAACCCCAAUCCCUGUUCUGAUUUAUGUGAAAAAUUACUGUAGCACCCCCCUCAGGACAAACUUUUGUCCCACUACUUUUUUCUGUAUUUUUCAUCCAUCCACCAGUUCUGUCUCCUGGCUUCAUGGGGCCCCUAGCGUGGCUAUUCACUGUUCGUCCUGUUAUUAACCACAAGCAUUAAGUAUUUUGCUCAGCCCACCUUCUGUUACAGGGAUUUGAGAAGGUUUUGGCAACAUUUUACAUAUCCAAUAUAUCUGGAUACCAGUGUCUGUAGAAUAGUAUGGAAAUUGUUUUUAUCCUCCUGUGAUACAUUUAACUGUGGUUGCCAGUGCUUGAGAAGCCAGUGGGCCAUGGUGCCAUGUGUGCAGGUCUUAAGUUAUUAAAGCUCUUCUGCAGGCCCACAGUAAAGGCCAGUUACAACUAGAGUGCUAAUGUUUACACUACAGACUCUGUACACACACUAAACUACAAAAUAUGGACAGUAAAAACUACAAAAAUGAACAAGAAGGCAAAAAAAAAAAAAGAAAAAAGAAGACCUGCACAGUGAAUCAGCCAUAUCCAGAGGACUCUGAGGGGGUGGGGAGUGGGAUGUCUGCACCACAAAAUUGUACAACAAUGUUGCAAUGCCAUGCAAUGCAAUUUAAGAACAAUGCAACUUUGGUCUUUUAUGCAUGAAAUUUAAAGAAGACAAAGCCAAGUUCAGGAAACUUGAGCCAUAAUCACAAAAUCACAAGAUUGAGUUUUGUGUUUUGGCUGUGUGCCAUCAGGUACCAAACACCAGUUGUGCAAAGAAUAAAGUAUUUUAAGUAUUGUUUUGAAA